AUGGAAUUGCAUACGGUGUACAAUUUAAAUCCGGGUCCGGACGUUACACAGCAACAGCGAGACGCGAGGUGAUUCUAUCAGCGGGCGCGAUACAAUCGCCACAAAUAUUGAUGCUGUCUGGAAUCGGUCCGAAGGAUCAUUUAAAGGAAAUGAAUAUCAGCGUGGUCCUCGAUGCUCCCGGCGUCGGGAGGAAUCUCCAGGAUCACGUAGCCGUCGGUGGACUCAGUUAUUUAGUGACCAAACCGGCGAACUAUACAGCUGCCGAGCCUUUCACGUUCAAUCUGGUGAAAUCGGUGAACGCUCACGCGCUCAGACAAUUCGCUAUGAAUCACACCGGGGUGAUGUACUCGUUCACCGUUGCCGAGGGAAUGGCUUUUAUCAAUACUAAAUACGCGAAUAAAUCGGAGGACUAUCCGGAUGUACAAUUUUUCCUAUCGACUGUGGCUGAUAGUACGGACGGCGGUCUGUUUGGUAAAAGGGACUGCAAUAUUAGGGACGAGUUUUACGCUGCAAUGAACGAAAAUAUUCUGUUCGUCGACGCGUACUCGAUAAUCCCGUUGGUACUCAGACCGCGGAGCAGGGGAUAUAUUAAAUUGAACUCGACGAGGCCUGAUCAACAUCCGAUCNAUCGAUAA